AGUUGGUUCUGGUCAGGAUCGGUGAGAUCGAACCGCCAUGGAACAGGUUCCGAACGUCCCUGGUCAGUUUGAUGACGCAGAGGAGGACAGCAGUCAGUCAGGGCGUGUCAUUAGUGACAUCACGGCCCAGCUGACGUCAGAGUGGCUGGAGGAUGAAGAUGGUGAGGAUGAAGAUGAGGAGUGGGAGUGGACUUCUCCAGCUGAUUGGACCAAAAGAAUCAACCAGACCAGAACCAGCUGUCAGGCCAACCGGCAGAACCCGUCCAGCAAGACGGCGUCAUCAACUCCAACCGACAAGGUUCUGAGGAAAUAUGAGCAGAAGAUCAACCUCGACCAGCUGAACUUGGAGGACAGUGUGACCAACAAGGUGACGGCCAUGCAGAGGCAGAAGGAGGCCGGAACGUACAGAGUGAAGGACAAAUCAGACCGAGCCACCGUAGAGCAGGUGUUGGACCCUCGGACUCGGAUGAUUCUGUUCAAGAUGCUGAGUCGGGGAAUCAUCAGCGAGAUCAACGGCUGCAUCAGCACCGGGAAGGAGGCCAACGUUUACCACGCCAGCACGGCGGCUGGAGAGAGCAGAGCCAUCAAGAUCUACAAGACGUCCAUCCUGCAGUUCAAGGACCGGGACAAGUACGUUAGCGGAGAGUUCAGGUUCCGCCACGGCUACUGUAAAGGGAACCCCAGGAAGAUGGUCAGAACCUGGGCUGAGAAAGAGAUGAGGAACCUGAUCAGGUUGCAGGCGGCCGGCGUUCCCAGUCCAGAACCGAUUCUGCUCCGGAGUCACGUUCUGCUAAUGGGUUUCAUCGGGAAAGACAACAAGCCGGCUCCUCUGCUGAAGCACGCGGUUCUGAGCGGGUCCAAGGCCCGGCAGCUGUACCUGCAGGUGAUCCGGGACAUGCAGCGGAUGUUCCAGCGGGCCCGGCUCGUCCACGCCGACCUCAGCGAGUUUAACAUGCUGUACCACGGCGGAGACGCUUACAUCAUCGACGUGUCGCAGGCGGUGGAGCACGACCAUCCGCACGCCCUGGACUUUCUACGCAAGGACUGCAGCAACGUCAACGAGUUCUUUGCGCGGCGCGGUGUGGCGGCCAUGACGGUGCGGGAGCUGUUUGACUUCAUCACCGACCCGGCUGUCUCCAGCAGCAAUAUAGAGGCAUACCUGGACAAGGCCAUGGCGACAGCGGCCCAGCGGACGGCAGAGCAGCGAUCGGACCGGGACCGGGUCGAUGAGGAGGUGUUUAAGCAGGCCUACAUCCCGCGCACGCUGACCCAGGUGAGAGGCUACGAGCGCCACGUGGAGCUGAUGAGGUCCGAGGAGGCGGCAGCCAUUAGCGGUCACCAUGACGACGUUCUGUACCAGACGCUGACGGGCCUGAAGAAGGACCUCUCUGGAGUUCAGACGAUUCCGGCGCUGCUGGACGAGGACCAGCCUUCAUCAGAGGAGGAAGAGGAGGCUGAGGAAGAGGAGGAAGAGGAGGACCAAGAGGGUAGUCCGAUGGAUAAGAAGGAGAGGAAGAGGAUGGUGAAGGAGGCCCAGAGGGAGAGGAGGAAGAGCAAAGUCCCCAAACACAUGAAGAAGAGGAAGGAGAAGGUGGCCAAGAUGAAGAAGGGCCGGUGACCCGCCGAAGAACCGACCCGGUUCUGACUGGGAAGCAGAGGCUCUGUGGUUCUGUUCUGAUUAAAGCUUUGAUCUCAAACCAAA